AUGGAAACCCUCAACCCCUCCGACCUCGUCACCCGGCUCGCCAGCGACGAAGAUGCUGUCCGUAAGAUGGCUGCCUUCAAACUCCAAGGCAGCAUCGGCGAUCCAUCGUUUGCCGACAUCUUCAUUGCGGAGGGCGGGCUGAGUAAAUUGCGGUACUUGACGUUGACAACGACAGGAAAUACUUUGGCGUAUAGUCUGACAAGUUUUGCGCGGCUGUUGGAGGUUGACAAAGGUUGGGAGUUUGUGGAUGAGGAGGUUGUCGAGAGGAUAGUCCAUCUGAUUGUUACGCACCCCCUCGUCAAUAUCCUGCGCGGGGCAAUGGCCAUGCUCGUCUCGAUCGUCUCCCACCCUCACACGGCUCGCUCCGAGUCUGAACAGACAUCAGCUGAAGAGAAAGAGGUCUAUGGCUUCCGAGCCCUCAAACCCGCUAUCGACAAACAUCCGCAAUUCCUCGAAAUGUUGGUCAGCAGAUUAUCAUCCGCUGAUCAUGCGCUAUGCGCGAAUGCAUUGCAGCUUAUCAAUUCUCUAAUGCGCGACUCCAUCACCAACGACGAAGAAUCCGAGUGGCCAAAGUUCAUUAAACGGUUACAAGAUCUAGGCGUGAUUCGGGCUGUGUAUAUUCUAAUGCAAGGCAGCGCGUUGCAGGACCAUGCGCAUCCAUUGAUUGAGUUUCAGUCUUUAACGAAAUUGCUGUUAAGGAAGUGGAAGAAUGUGGCUGUAGAUUUGGAGAAGCCGGAUCACAGACGCGCAUUGAAGGGGAUUCAUUUGGCUAGUAACCCGGAGAAGAAGGAAGCUGGUGGUAGUAGUGCUGGCGGCUCGUCUGAGAACGGUACUACUUCAGGUGAAAACGAUAUCAAGAAAUCACGCAAACACAACCCGGAGAAAUGGCGACGACUGGGUUUCCCGAGUGAGAGUCCCGCGGCAGAGUUUCAUGAAAUGGGAUUUCUGGGCAUGAUGGAUCUGACGGAUUAUGUGCGAAAGCAUCAAGAUGAUUUUCAGAAAAUGUUGCUGGAGCAAUCGGCCAAACCGGUUGAGCAGCGAUGUCCUAUUGCCAGGGCGUCGUUGGCGGUUACAUCUGUGCUGUAUGAGCAUUUUGAGGUUGAAAAGUCGGCCACAGACGAUGCGAAGAACUAUUUAGUUCUGGAAUCUCGCUCGAAUUUCGACAAAGUCUUCAAACCGUUGCUGUUGCACUGGUCGCGUAUCCAUGUUGCGGCUCUGCAUGCGUUCUUCCGUCUGUGGAAAGCCACCAGCGCGGAAGUUGCUGAUUUCGACAAGAUUGUUGAGCUAGUUCGGAUUUUGGUUGAAUCUGUUGUCGGCGGUGCGCCACGCACAAAGGAUGUUCAAGACGUUGAAGAAGAGCUAGACGACUUUGAAUACCAGCGUCUACGCGAACUGCAAAUGGAGCUACUCGAACUCACAUAUGAAGAUGCCUGGGGCCAGCAUUUGAGACAGGUCCGAGACGAACUACAGCAUGAAGCAUUACACUUCGUCAAAGAGCAGAGAAUCCGAUGUCUUUUACAGGGGGCUUGGUUUCCAAAUGAGCCUGUCGCGUCACCUAGGCCAGAAGACUCGAGUCCUAUCACGAUAGUAGAUUCGAAUAAUAAACCGGCACAAGGGUACAAAUAUGUGCAAUUGUCACAUAACAGGAGAUAUCUACAUUUCAGUGAUUUUGACGCUAUCAAGGAGACGGCGCCUGCUUUGGAUAGUCUUUCUAACAAGAUCGACUUAUCUAUCGUGUCGUCGGUGGUGUCAAACGUCUCAGCCUCAUCAGACGAUUCCUCCGGCUCAACCAUCAAGACUACCCCUGGCAACGGCAAUUCAUCUUCCCUUCACCCUACCCCCGACACAUCCUCAUCAUCAGCAACAACAUCAUCCACCAAAAUCACUAUCCACGGCUACGCAUCCACAAUCCCCUCCUCAUCAGGCCCCAGAUCUCCAGUCACCACCCACAAAGAAACCGGGCACACACGCACCGGCAGCAGAGCAACACAACGCGAAAUCCCGCUCCUGACACUUCGACCACAGAGCCACAGCGUCGCCUCGGAAUGGCUGGAUGGGCUGUUGAUGCUUUUGAAUCAACAACCCAUCACAUCCGAAACGAACAAACUUGUUAAUUUGAUCAGUAAUUACGGCCUGAAGAUCAGGUUGCUGAAUGUGAGGUUUGAUGAUGCAGCGUUUGUGGGUGAGACGCCCAAGAUACCGAGUAGGGAGGGUCUGGAUGAGGAUUAUUAUUAUGAUGUUUUCGGGGGGGUGUAA